GGUUGCUGUUGUCGUUGUCGUUUGUUUUGAUUUCAGAAAUUUUGGUUUUUGAGAUUUUUUCUCCAGAGUUCCUUUUGUUUGCCGUAAAAAUAUUAAAAUCAUGGAUAAAUCACACUUGCAUAUCCAAACAAUCAACUAUGAGGCAGAGCAAUUUCGUACAGCAUUUUCCCGAUUCCGAAAUAGCCUCCAUGCUAUUGACGAGAGUCUUUGCAUUAAGCUUUACCAAAUAGUAUCUGAAAUUGAUAAUUUUCUUGAUAGCAAACCUAUGGAAAUAGAACUUCCACGCAAAGAGCUAAUAACAUCGGCGAAUGUUAAAAAAUCUGGUAUUCGAAAAACAUUUGUUUGCAAAAAAUGUGACGAUCGUGAUAUUGGAAGCACAUUCGUUGAUGUUUCAAACCAUAUCAAACAGUUUAAACAUGAUAAUCUGAAGAGGACCCACAAAAAAGAAUCACCCGCAAAUAUUUCGAGGAAAGCUAAGCUGGAAAAUAAAAUACUUCCGAAAAAAGUGAAAGCUAUGAUUCACGGAGAUAUCCAAAGCUUCUUUAAUGAAAAUCUUGAAGUGGCUAAAAAGUUAGUGCAUUCACCAGACUACAUUGAAAUAGAAAAUGAGUUAUUGAAGUUAAUUCGUCCAGCAUUCCCUGAUCAGACUGUUAAAAUCAACUUUUUUGGUUCACGUUUAUCUGGAAUUGGAACCUUACACUCCGAUUUGGAUAUAUUUAUUGACAUAGGUGGAGUUUUUAACACUUUUGAAAAUAGACCAUCUGCAGAAACUAAAAAGAAACUCCAAACCGUCCAAGGUAUUCUAAGCAAAAACUCACAAUGGUCACAAUUGAUUGCUAUUCAAAAUGCCCGUGUACCAAUAUUGAAAAUUCUAUACAAACCAAAGUUUUUGAAUUGUGACAUUGGUUUUUCCAACAGUUUAGGAUAUUGUAAUACAAAUCUGACAAAAUAUCUUUUGGAACUUCAACCUAUAGCCAAGCGUUUAGCAUUCUUUUUGAAAAAAUGGAUUGAACGUUCAAAACUAAAUGAGCACAUAACCACGUACAGCGCUGUUCUUUUAGUUAUAUUUUAUUUGCAGACGAAAAAUUUGCUGCCAUCUAUAAAAGCAUUACAAGAUGGUUUAGAAGAUGAUCAGGCCGAGAUCGGACCUUGGUUGGCAGUAUUUGCUGAAAAAAGUUUGCAAGACUUAAAUAUAUCACACGCACCAUAUGCGGUGGAAAAUUUCAAAAAUGAAAUGAAAUCAUUUUUCAAAUUUUACAGCACAUUCGAUUUCAAACACAAACUUAUUUGCCCGUACUUAGGGCAAACCAUAAGUGUUAAAGAUCUAGAAACGUCUCCCUUAUUGCCUAGGUAUGUUAAAUAUAUCGAGACUGAAAAGGACAACAAAGACGCCCUGUUGAAUAUCCAACAUAUGAAUGUACAGGAUCCUUUUCAACUUAAUCACAAUGUUACCAAAGCUGUACCAUCCACGGUGGUAUUGCUGCUGAAACAAUAUUUUGAAUUGUCUCUGAAUGCUAUGGAAGAUGGUGAAAGUUCACAGAUAAUAAAUAAGGACGAAAGUAUCAAGAAAUAAUCUUACCUUUUUUAUGUUUGUGAAGUUCUUGUAGUAUACGUUAUUUUCUCUUAAAUAAAACUGACUUAAAAAAAAAAAACAUACACUCUAGACUAAAAGGAUAUUUAAUUAUAAAAAUAACUUUAUUGCACUAAUUUUUCAAUUUAAUAUGAAAUAAAGAUGCUCAGUUCAAAAAGCACAUACGAAGACAUGACUAUCGUGGCUCUUUGAUUUAGUGGAGGAAAAUACGGAAAUUUAAUUAGAUUGUGGUGUAAUGGAGGACUAUUUAAUCCGCAGACAAGGCGGGAAAACAAAGCCAUUGGAGGUUUGCUUGUAGCGUCUCUUAAAAUCAAUUUUUAUAUAUUUUUUUAAAAGCUUUUCAUCAUCAAGAACAAUAAAAGCUAUUUAACAUUUUAGAGAAUGUUUUAUCUACAUUUGUCAGUCAUUUUCGCAAUAAAGAACGUUUUCUAUA